UCACUAAAUUCUUCUGCAUCUCAAUUCCACCACACUUAUCAAAUCAUAUGCCACUUCCUUACCUGCUAAUUUCUCAAUUCUAUGGCAGCUGCAAUUCGCUCGACCGGACAAAUCCCUCUACCGUCCAUUCGAAACACCUGCUCUUCUACACGGCAUUGUUGGCCAUCAAUGAGUAUGAAUGGCUGCUAUGGAGGUAGUACUGCCACCGACAAGUCGGCGGUGGGUGUCUGCGAGACGCGGACUUUGGCAUCAGUGUCGGAGUCGGAGCAUGCGGUGCCACAGCUUAAAUUAGCGGUAGCAGCGUUGGAGGCCCAGCCACCAGAGUCCACCUCUGGCAUUAUCCGUCUCCAGGUGCCAAUUCGUCAGCGGAGGGAUGCCCUGGAGUGGCUACAAGCACAACAUCAAGUCUCCUCAAGCCCUUGUUGUUUCUUCUCCUCCAGGACGCUCAAUCAGACUUCGACAAUCCUCCCUUUGGUCACUAGCAAAGGAGUAGUGAGGCUGCUGAAAGAUGAUGAUGAUGUGAAUCAAGCUUUAGUUAGCAUAGCUGGUGUUGGCUCUGCAGUCUUCUUCCGAGGCUUUGAUUCCUUUGCCUUACAUGACUGGCAAUCCAUUAGAAGAUUCCUUUCUGAGGAUUGUCCUUUUAUUCGUGCCUAUGGUGCCAUGCGUUUUGAGGGAAGAACUAUAAUUGCCCCUGAAUGGAAGGGUUUUGGUUCCUUUUACUUCAUUGUCCCUCAGGUCGAAUUCAACGAGCUUCAAGAAAGUUCAAUGCUUGCUUUGACUAUUGCAUGGGAUAACAACCUUCUAUGGACAUGGCAAAGUGCCAUAAAUGAGCUUAAAGAUACACUUGGACAGAUCUCCCCUUGUUUUGGUCGACUGAGGAAGUUAGACACAAAAUCAGUUGUUCUCAACUUUCAGCAUUUUCCAUCCAAAGGAUCUUGGGAUAUAUCUGUUAAAAGAGCUCUUGAGAUAAUAAAUGGAACAGAAGAAGAACUGGUGAAGGUUGUACUUGCACGAUGCAGUAAAUAUAUAACUGAUACUACAACAGAUCCUUUAGUUCUGUUAGCUAGUUUAAAGGUUGAAAGCCAAAACUGUUUCCAGUUCUAUUUACAGCCACCAGAUUCGCCAGCAUUCAUUGGAAAUACACCAGAGCAGUUGUUUCAUCGGAAAUGCUUACAUGUUACAAGUGAGGCUUUAGCUGGAACACGCGCAAGGGGUAUAACUAAGAAAGAGGAUCUGCAGAUCGGUCAAGAGUUACUUUGCAGCCCUAAAGAUAAUAUUGAGUUUGUUAUAGUACGAGAGAGCAUUAGAGGAAAAUUAGAGGUUAUUUGUGAUGAUGUAAUAAUUCAGCCAUGUAAAGCACUUCGAAAGCUUCCUAGAGUCCAACAUUUAUCAGCUCAAUUAUCGGGGAGGCUAAGGGAUAAAUUUUGUGAGUUCGAUAUUCUGACAUCCCUUCACCCAAGCCCAGCUGUUUGUGGACUGCCUAUGGAAGAUGCUCAGCGAUUUAUAAACGAAAAUGAAACUUUUGAUCGAGGAAUGUAUGCUGGUCCUGUUGGUUGGUUUGGAGGAAGGGAAAGUGAAUUUGCUGUUGGGAUCAGAUCAGCUUUAGUGGUAAAUGGAGUUGGAAUGUUAGUUUAUGCUGGUGCUGGAAUAGUAGAGGGGACAAAUCCUUCCUCGGAGUGGGAGGAGUUGGAUCUGAAGGAAUCCCAGUUCACAAAGUUGCUUCAGUAUGAAGACACAGUUGCGUGCUUUUAAGAAUUAAAGAGGACAAGCACGUGUUCACUGAAAAUGGGUAAAGGCAUGCAAAUUGAUAUUGGUUAAUAUUAAUUGGUCGGCGGGCUACCCCAUUCAUCUGAAAUAGUUAGGAAUGGGGAUUCAUUCGGCAUGCUCGGGCAAAGAGAUGAGGAGUAUCUUCAAUGACAGUUCAAAUCCAAUGUUUGUCAGGUGCAAUCGUAGUAGCAUCUGUUUCAUUUCUUUUAUGAUAGUAUUAGGAAAUUGAAAUACAUACGAGAUGAGUAUGCAUAAUUAUAUCAACAUUUUAUCUGCAGUGUGAUGAUUAAUUUGACCUCUUGCA